AUGCAAUGCCCAACUACUACUUCAGUUCAUGAUUUACACAUUAUUGACGAUGCUAAUAAUAUUGUUCGCUGGCAUCGAAUGUCUCAAUGUCCAAUAUGUCUACAAUUGAUACCAUAUGACGAACGGCGACUGAUAGGAAGCAAAGUAUUGCAUAGUUCGUGCAUCGUCUGUGCUGAGUGUCAUAAAUCGAUUGGUGACGGAGCUUUUGAACAGGACAAUGAUGAAAUUCUCUGUAUGAAUUGCUAUAACGAUAGAAACAAAGCGUCAGUAGAGUCCACGUCUCCACCGAUAAUAACAAAUGAUGAGUUAUCGAGAAAAGAUGAAGAACUUAUAAAUACUAAACCAUCGAUAAAUUCAGCUGUUCGCUACGGAUCAAUGAAAUCCUUCAUUGAACGAGUUCAUCUAUAUAAUGAAUACAAUCAGAAGAAAACAUCACAUUUAACCAUCAAAGAAAAUGAUGGUAAAAUAAGUGUUUCCGGUAUGCUUCGUAUUUAUUGGAAUAUUAGUACACCAGUUAAAUUGAAAUCAGGCCAAUCAAUACCACUUGGUUUAUAUCCGAAAUCAUUGGGUAUUUAUGAUAUAAAUGAGGACAAUGGAAUCGACGAACACUCAUCUAAGAACCUUGAUUCAAUCUCUAAACGUCCCUGUUAUGAUGACACUGUUCUAUCAAAACUAUCUCUUAACGACGACACUGAUUCAAGCCAAAUAGCCAAUCUUCGACGUGUCCAAACAAUUCGUGUAGCUCAGAAUCAUCGUAAACCAUUACGAAUGGCCUUACCAACGUUUCUAUCGUCGUCGAAUGACGACGAUGAAACUCGCUCAUUUAUUCCCGCAAAAGAUAGUAUGACAACAGUGUAUGUUGAUAGUGAAACAACAGUCCAUGAAACGAUAAAUCUUCUAUUUUCGAAACAUUUCAUCGAAGAAUUGAAUUCGAAUACAUUCACAUUAUACAAAGUCGAACGUCGGAAUGGAAACUGUAUCGAACUGAGUGACGACGAUUAUCCAUUGAUUUUACGUAUUCUAGCUGGCCCAUUUGAGAAUGAUAUUUUAUUUUAUUUAAUGGAACACGGAAAAUCCAAAACUGUGCCAUUAGAAGUCUCUAAUUAUCUUGUUCUUCCCGAAUCGAUGUUACGCGCAUUUAUUGAUAAGUUUUCCUACGAAGAAGUUGAACAUGUUCACAUGAUUAAACGGAAAUAUUUAGCAUACAAACAAUUACUUCUAAGGCAAUUUGAAUUGGCGAUUAAUCAAUCUUAA